GGCGGGCUCAGGCUGUGGCUAGGCCGAACGUGCUGCAGGCCGUCCGCAGGCCCAGCGCGCCACCAUGGUGCGACAGCGCCCGCGGUCGCGGGGACCGCUGCAGCAGCAGAGGCGUCCGAGGAGGAACGGAGGCUUAGGUCGGGCCCCAGCGUAGUCGGCCCGCGAACGCCCGCCAACCCCGAGCCGCGACUCCUCCUCCCUGCCUUCCUGGGCGCGGGCGGCGACCCCGCUGGACGAUGCGCGCCCCCGGCCUCCCCGGAGGUUGAACCCGCCGCUCCGCGCUCGCCCUCCCGGCCGCCCCCAUGGCGUGGCCGGGCGCCGAGGGCGCGGCUGACAGGCCGGUGUCCCCGGCCCGGGGCGGCCCCGCCGGCUCCGCGUCCUCGUCGUCCGCCUCCUCCGGCUGCUCGGCCUCCGCCUCGGCCUCGGCGGGAGCGGGGCUGUGGGCCGCGCUGUACGACUACGAGGCGCGCGGCGAGGACGAGCUGAGCCUGCGACGCGGCCAGCUGGUGGAGGUGCUGUCGCAGGACGCCGCCGUGUCGGGCGACGAGGGCUGGUGGGCCGGCCAGGUGCAGCGGCGCCUCGGCAUCUUCCCCGCCAACUACGUGGCGCCGUGCCGCCCGGCCUCCCGCCCCGCGCCGCUGCCCGCCGCGCCUCAGCCGCCCCGGCCCGGCUCGCCCGUGCACGUCGACUUCGAGCGGCUGGAGCUCAAGGAGCUCAUCGGCGCCGGCGGCUUCGGGCAGGUGUACCGCGCCACCUGGCAGGGCCAGGAGGUGGCCGUGAAGGCGGCGCGCCGGGACCCGGAGCAGGACGCGGCGGCGGCGGCCGAGAGCGUGCGGCGGGAGGCGAGGCUCUUCGCCAUGCUGCGGCACCCCAACAUCAUCGAGCUGCGCGGCGUGUGCCUGCGGCAGCCGCACCUCUGCCUGGUGCUCGAGUUCGCCCGCGGCGGAGCGCUCAACCGCGCGCUGGCCGCCGCCAAUGCCGCUCCGGACCCGCGCGCGCCCGGGCCGCGCCGCGCGCGCCGCAUCCCUCCGCACGUGCUGGUCAACUGGGCCGUGCAGAUCGCGCGGGGCAUGCUCUACCUGCACGAGGAGGCCGUCGUGCCCAUCCUGCACCGGGACCUCAAGUCCAGCAACAUUUUGCUGCUUGAGAAGAUAGAGCAUGAUGACGUGUGCAAUAAAACAUUGAAGAUCACAGAUUUUGGCUUAGCAAGAGAAUGGCACAGGACCACCAAAAUGAGUGCGGCAGGCACCUACGCCUGGAUGGCGCCGGAAGUCAUCAAGUCCUCGCUGUUCUCUAAGGGAAGCGACAUCUGGAGCUAUGGAGUCCUGCUAUGGGAACUGCUCACGGGAGAAGUCCCUUAUCGUGGCAUUGACGGUCUUGCUGUGGCUUAUGGGGUCGCCGUCAAUAAGCUCACUCUGCCUGUUCCAUCCACCUGCCCUGAGCCGUUUGCCAAGCUCAUGAAAGAAUGCUGGCAACAAGACCCUCAUAUUCGUCCAUCAUUUGGCUUAAUUCUUGAACAACUGACUGCUAUCGAAGGGGCGGUUAUGACUGAAAUGCCUCAAGAAUCUUUUCAUUCCAUGCAAGAUGACUGGAAGCUGGAAAUUCAACAAAUGUUUGAUGAGCUGAGAACAAAGGAAAAGGAGCUGCGGUCCCGUGAGGAGGAGCUGACCCGCGCCGCCCUCCAGCAGAAGUCUCAGGAGGAGCUGCUGAAGCGGCGGGAGCAGCAGCUGGCAGAGCGCGAGAUUGACGUGCUGGAGCGGGAGCUCAACAUUUUGAUAUUCCAGUUAAACCAGGAGAAGCCGAAUGUGAAGAGGAGGAAGGGCAAGUUCAAGAGAAGUCGUUUAAAGCUCAAAGAUGGACAUCGAAUCAGUUUACCUUCAGUGACUUCAGAUGAAAGCAAUAAAACUUGGGGAAGGAACACGGGCUGUCGACAAGAAGAAUUUGAAGAUGUAAAAAGAAAUUUCAAGAAAAAAGGUUGUACAUGGGGACCAAGUUCAAUUCAAAUGAAAGAAAGAACUGAUUGCAAAGAAAGAAUAAGACCUCUCUCAGAUGGCAACAGUCCUUGGUCAACUAUCUUAAUAAAAAAUCAGAAAACCAUGCCGUUGGCUUCAUUAUUUGUGGACCAGCCAGGUGCUUGUGAAGAGCCAAAGCUUUCCCCUGAUGGCUUAGAACACAGAAAACCAAAGCAAAUGAAAUCACCUAAUCUAGCCUAUGUGGAUCUACCUCGUUGGAAGGAUGGCCAGAGAGAGAAUCCAGUGGAACCUGAAAGCUGGGAGGAGGUCAGCUCUCCCAGCCCUGCUGCCGGCACGCCUCAGGUGACCCCCCCAGACAGUCUGAGCAGGUCCUCCCAGAGAAAGAAAACAGAGUCUGCUUUGUACGACUGCACUGUGCUGUUGGCUUCAGUGGCUCUGGGACUGGAUAUCAGAGAGCUUAAUAAAGCACAGGCUGCUGAAGACCUGUUUCCCAGGGAAGAAAGGAAGAAACGGGAUGGCAUCUUCCAGCGGGCGCCCAAGUCCCGCAGCAGUGCGAGCCCUCCCGCAAGGCUGCCGUCCAUGGGCGAGGGCGCUGGCAGCUCCCCCUCACUGCCUCCGUCAAGCGCCGUGAGCCUUCUGUCCAUGCCCUCUCUCUCCACAAAGUGCUUGCUCCAGACUGACGGCGAAGAUUCCUUCGAGGGCAGCACGCACAUCACUUGUGACCCUGAGAUGCCCACUCCAGAUUUUUGCCCUGCCGUUGGAGGAGGUAGUUGUGAGCCAACCUCCAUGCCAAGACUGCAGACCAGUCGCACUGUGUGGGAAAACGUGUCCUCUCCCUUCCCAGAGCAGACACAUGGGAACAUGCCUUAUUAUGCUUCUUCAAAAGAACGAGCAUCCCGUCACAGACGGACCAUGUCUGAUGGAAAUGCUUUCCAGACCCCAACUGGUACACCUCUUAACUCAACCGCUGGAGCCUCUGAACUGCCACCUGAGUGGGUUUGGGGGCUGCCCCACUCCUCCGGUCCUCACAGUCACCUGCCAAGUGAGGUCCCACCUGAAAAGCAAAGAGCUCUCCAUAUUGUGCCUCUGCCCCGCCCGGCCUCCCUGAGAAGCCGACGAGAUUCCCCGCAGGCCUUCCCACAGAGGACGCAGUCUCAGCCCGUACAGCCUGACCAUGUGGUGGGUGGUCCGGGACCGACCCCUAACUGUUCCCUCGGUGCCAAGGAGAGAACUAAAACCCACGUGCCUUCCCUCCUGGACGCUGACGUGGAAGGCCAGAGCACGGACUGCACGGUGCCCUUGUGCAGGAUGAGGAGCAGAACGAGCCGGCCGUCCAUAUACGAACUGGAGAAAGAAUUUCUGUCUUAAGUGCCUUACGUUAUUCAAGCAUUUCUUUUUUUUUAAGGUGAACAAAUUAAAACACUGUGUCUACCUUUGGAUUGUUUAAUGCUGCUGUGUUUGCAAAAGCUGUGGCCAUGUUACUGAAACAGUGAUGGAUGUCUAACUUCUCCCAAAACGUGCGUGAUUGCUGUCAGCGGUCUAUGUUGUUUUUUCCACUGGGUUUUUACCUACUGACUUGAAAUACACUCAAGUGUAAGACAAGAAAUGUGCAGCAAUGUAAAACUAUGCUGGGUGGAGUUACCUUAAGCACAAUUCCCAUGCUGUGUCAGUUCCGUUUAUAUCCUUGUCUGUUAGUGCACACAGAGAUUGUAACGAGUGCCCGUUUUGUUCCCCGCCUUCCUUUUCCUAUUUUCUUUCUCUUUCUUCCUUUUUUUUUUCUGUAUCUGUGCAACAAAAAGCCAAGAAGAAUAAUGUGAUAUUAGUAAGUAAAGGUGUCUAUAUAAAAAAAAAUUGAUGACUAGAAUAGAUGCAGAGUCUUAUUUUAACUACCUAAACCCAGCGGUAGGCUUAAGUGCAUAAAUAUGUCCAGAUCUCACCUAAAUUAUGCAAUAUUUCUCUCUUUGAGGAAAUUUUACUGAAUGUAACAUGUAAAAGUUUUAUUGAAUGUAACUUAGAGCCAUUUUGUCAAUUAGAACUCCAAAAUAGAUUUUUAAAAGAUCAGUCGUUGACGUUUGACUGAGACCUUCCUAGAUACGCCUGAGAGAAGCUAAGCUGUAGGCUCCUCCUGGAGAAAUGCCUUCCUCAGGAGCCACUUAUUUGGUAUCCAGAAGGGUAAAACUUUUUCAUUUUGUACUAGAAUUUUAAAAAAUUGACACAUGUAUCGUGUAUUGUAAACAUUCAUGUCAUUUAAUUUUAUUUUUCCCUAUUUAAGUGUAUAAUUAUCCUAAUGAUCCCAAAUACACUUAGAGAGAAACACUGCCAAGUCAAGAAAGAGCAGUACUGUUAGAAUUUAACUAUUUUGUAGUUAUUUCACAUUUCAUUUAGUUGUGGAUAAAUGUUAGACGUCUGUUGAGAUAAGCUGCUACGGUGCAAAGGGCAAAUAUAUUAUAGAUUAUUUUCAGAUAGCGAUUUAUAAAAUGAAUCUUUGGAUAGCAGAUCAGGAUUUUAAAUGAUUUAAAAUUAAUUUAUAAGUCACUUUUAUAAAUCAUACAUAUGUGACACAAAUAGACUACUGAGUUAUUAAGCUACAGAAACGGCUCUCCAGGAGUUCGGGAAAUUUGCCUGGGUUUCUUUUGUUAAAUCUGUUAUGCUGCCCUCUGUCCCUAGACUAUGCUUAUUCAGAUAACAGUCAAUAAAUGUUUAAAUUUUCCCAUGCAACGAAAAGCUCAAUUACAAACGUUACUUGAUAUUCAUUUAAAAUUUUACCUUGCUUAGGGAUUACUGGAUAACUGAAAUGUCAGCAGUUAAAAUUAAAUCAGGCAUGAUAAAAUAUCCACCUACGGUAGAAAAAAAGGAAAAUUAUAUUAUUUGGCCAUUUUGGAAUAUCUUAGUCACCUGGCAGGCAUGCCCCAGCAGAUGAUGGGCAGGGCAAGAAAGGAUUAUAUUCAUAUGAGUGCAUUUCACCCUGAGGAAAACAGUCUUGUGUUUCUUGCAGCAAAAUCUCAGGUAUUUACUACAUUUUGUUGUAUUAUAGUCCAUUCUAUGAUUUGGCUUCACUCUUGGAUGGUGGUUGAAUUAUGUAAUCGAGACUUUGUUUCCUCAAAAUGUUAUCGCAUUUGUAACUAUGGUCAGCUGCUUCAUAUUUUUGCUUCUACCAAAACACCACGUGGGGGGUGGGCAGUGGUGGGCGUGCAUCUCUACUCCAUUCCUUGUCCUGUUUAGCUUGAUUUUAGUCAACUCUACCUUAUGACGAAUUUAGAAAUGAAACUAGAUUAAGAAGAUAAUUGCGAUAUAAGGGUUUAAUCUCAUGUCACUGCAGUUAUUUUUUGCUGAGAUCACUUGUACAUUUGCAAUUUUCUGUGUGUAUUCGUAUACUUAGCAGAAUCUGGGUAUUUAUUUUCGUGUAGACUUGAUAGCUCACUGAAAGAUGAAUUAAGCUGAUUACUCUUAGUCAACAAUUGAGGUGCUCCCACUGCAGAGACCGAAGGCCUGGGCCUGAUGUGCUGUAUUAUGAAGCCUUGUGACUGAAAAAGAUGUUUACAUAUGUUGUCUAUUUUUUUAAUAAACUUUUUUUUAUGGCUAGUCUAUUUGCUCAGUGGCUUUGAUCUACUCCUGAUGAUUGUGACUAUAGUAUGUAAUGGUUUAUUUUGUAUUUAACAAGAAAAAGUAUGUUAAUAAAGAUAAUUGAUGGUUAACAA